AAAAUAGAAUUUCCGUUCCCGCCUUUCUCUUGCUUCUAAUCGCGUGUUUGUGCGGGUGAACUAUCUGUGAUUCAUCUGCAACGAAAAUUUCAAAAUUCUAAGUGCCAUUGCCGCACAUAUUUAAAGAUAAUUUAAAGACAAUGCAGGACCAAGGAGAUGGAGUCCCUACAUUCAAAUGUGUUCUUGUUGGUGAUGGUGGUACUGGGAAGACCACUUUUGUAAAGCGCCAUCUUACUGGAGAAUUUGAAAAAAAAUAUGUUGCUACCCUUGGUGUUGAAGUUCAUCCUUUGGUUUUCCAUACAAAUCGGGGAGCCAUUCGAUUUAAUGUGUGGGAUACUGCUGGACAAGAAAAAUUUGGUGGAUUGAGAGAUGGUUAUUAUAUUCAAGGUCAAUGUGCCAUUAUAAUGUUUGAUGUUACUUCUCGAGUCACAUACAAAAAUGUCCCUAACUGGCAUAGAGAUUUAGUCAGAGUGUGUGAAAAUAUUCCAAUUGUUCUUUGUGGAAACAAAGUAGAUGUGAAAGACAGGAAAGUAAAAGCCAAAUCCAUUGUGUUCCACAGGAAAAAGAAUUUGCAGUAUUAUGAUAUUAGUGCAAAAAGCAACUACAAUUUUGAAAAACCCUUCUUGUGGCUGGCAAGAAAGUUGAUUGGAGAUCCUAACUUAGAAUUUGUUGCUAUGCCAGCUCUAGCACCUCCUGAAGUUCAGAUGGAUCCUGAAUGGCAAGCUAAGCUAGAAAAUGAUAUGAAAGAGGCUCAAAAUACCUCUCUCCCAGAUGAAGAUGAUGAUGAUUUGUAAAUGCAGCUGCUUCUGUUUUGUAUUUAAAUAACUUUCUCAUUAUAUCUGCACUUUCCAAAAUGAAAAAGAAAAGAAGAAAAAACAUUUGUUAGCUCCUUUAGGAGAUUAAUUUUGUACAGCAUGUUAGUUGUUUUUAUCCAUUUCUGAAAAGAAAAAAAAAAAAAAUGCCUUGUCUCAUGGCAAAGGUUGAAUGCAUGGCAAGUGGCCGCAUUUUAGGUGCCUGGUAAUUAUUUUAAUAUUGUGGGGUGCCCUUGCAUACAUUUUGUAUGAAUGCCUGAACACUUGUGUAUGUUUUUAGACAUUAAAUGUAAUGAAAAAAUGAUUUAAAGUGUUAAAGAAUGCAUUAAAUGAUGUGGCAAAAAUUAAAUAUUUUUUUCAUGUACUCAUCUGUAGCAAUUGAAUAUUCAGUCAUGUAUGUGUGAACAAGUGUGUUAAUGAAGUUGAUCUGGCUGUAGCAAUGCAGCUGUAAUUCUAUUUCCAAUGUAUCUAUUCAAAGCUUAUCUGAAUAAAUAAGUCUUAAACUA